CUCAUAGGUACAUCUCCGAAGAAAAAACAAAACACAAUUCUUUCUACUUUUUCUUUUGGCGUGCGUAUUUGUGAAUACAUUCAUUUGAACUCAAAGAUGUAUUCAUAAUAGGAUCGGAAGAUGUCUCCACGGUAGAUGUUUUUCAGGAAAAAUACAGCACUCUUUCAUACCAUGGCUUUAGCACUAGCAUAUUCUCUGAUCACGUUGUUGCUUCUUGUUCAAUCGGUGCCAUAUUCCGCCACUGCUCAAACCUCGACAAACAAAUCCUUAGGCUCAUCCCUGACUGCGCAGAACAAAGAUUCUUACUGGGCAUCCCUUUCUCGUGACUUUGCUUUUGGUUUCCAACAGAUCGGGAAGGGAGGGUAUCUACUGGCCAUCUGGUUCAACAACAUACCUGAAAAAACCGUUGUCUGGUCAGCCAACGGAAAUAAUCUAGCCCCAAGAGGAUCCGUUGUUCAACUUACCGCAGACGGCCAACUUCUGCUCAAUGAUCCAACUGGGAAACAGAUAUGGCGAGCUAAUUGGGACGGUUCAGAAGUUGCCUAUGGAGCCAUGCUUGACAGUGGAAACUUCGUGCUGGCAAGACAGGACUCUCACCAUUUAUGGCAGAGUUUUGAUCAUCCUACCGACACAAUAUUACCUACACAGAUUAUGAACAAGAACAGCCAACUUGUUGCUCGUUAUGCAGAGAGGAACUACUCUAAUGGAAGGUUCCAAUUCACACUGAAAUUGGACGGAAAUCUUGUGCUUGAAGCAAGAGCUUUCCCCUUGAAUUCUUCUAGCUUUGCUUAUUGGUCAAGUGAAACUGCAGGCACUGGCUUUCAGGUGGUCUUCGACCAGUCUGGCUCUCUAUAUGUUAGUGGGAAUAGCGGAAGCAUACUAAAGAAUAUAUCAGAACCUACUAGUUCUCCGAAAUACUACUACCACAGAGCAAUUCUUGAAUAUGAUGGAGUCUUUAGGCAUUAUUUAUACCGGAAAAGCACAACUACUGCAGAUGCUGGGAAUUGGCUUAUGCCCAUCUGGUCCCCUUCGUCGAGCUUCAUACCUUCUAAUAUCUGCUCUAUCGGAGGAGAGACAGCUGGUAGCGGAGCUUGUGGGUUCAACAGCUACUGCAAGCUGGGAGAUUAUGGGAGACGGAGUUGCCAUUGUCCAAAUGGAUACACCUUCAUUGAUCCAGAUGACGUUAUGAAAGGAUGUAAACAGAACUUCAUUUCACAAAGCUGUGAUGAAGAAACGGAUAAUUUUGAUUUUCAUCGCAUGCCAAAUACAGAUUGGCCCUGGCAUGAUUAUGAACAUUUUCAAGGCCAAACUGAGGUUUGGUGCAAGAAAGCUUGCUUGGUAGACUGUUUCUGUGCGGCUGCAAUUUACAGAAAUGGUGAGUGUUGGAAGAAGAAAAUUCCUCUUUCAAAUGGGAGGAUGGAUCUCAGUGUUAGAGGAAGUGCCCUGAUCAAAUUUAGGAAAGACAAUUCUACAUUGAAUCCUUCAAGCGCAGGUCGGUCAACUCUGCUCUUAAGCAGCUCGGUGUUCCUGAACUUACUCUUGCUAUUGGCAGCCUUUCUGGUUAUUUUUCGCUUGAAUUAUUGGAAGCAAGAGGUGCUUCAAGUACACCAAGUCAUGCCAGGCAUAAACUUGCAAAGUUUCACUUAUGAGGAACUUAGAAAAGCUACAAAUGGAUUCAAGGAAGAGCUGGGGAGAGGUGCUUUUGCAACAGUUUACAAAGGGUCUCUAGAAUCUGAUGAUAUAAUCCAUGUUGCGGUUAAAAGGUUGAACAACAUGGUGAGACAAAGCGAUCUAGAGUUCAAAGCCGAAUUGAGUGCUAUUGGCAGGACAAAUCACAGAAAUUUGGUCCAACUGCUGGGAUUCUGCAACGAGGGGGAGCACCGGCUUCUUGUGUAUGAAUUCAUGAGCUAUGGUUCUGUAGCAAGCUUGCUCUUUGGAGGUUCAAAACCUAGCUGGAAACAAAGAAUGCAAAUUGCGUUGGGAUCUGCAAGAGGGCUGUCUUACUUGCAUGAAGAGUGCAGAAGCCGGAUCAUACACUGUGAUAUCAAGCCACAAAACAUCCUUCUGGACGAGACAUGGACAGCUAGAAUUUCUGACUUCGGAAUAGCCAAGCUUUUGAAGACAGACCAGACUCGAACGACGACCAGAAUCCGGGGAACUAAAGGGUAUGUAGCGCCUGAAUGGUUCAGAAACAUGCCUGUUACAGUCAAGGUAGAUGUUUAUAGCUUUGGCAUAGUGUUGCUAGAGCUCAUCUGCUGCAGGAAGAAUUUUGAAGUGGAGGUAGAAGAUGAGAAUCAGAUCAUACUAGCCGAUUGGGCAUGUGAUUGCUACUACGAGAGGAAACUGGAUCUGCUAGUGGCGAAUGAUGAGAAGGCAAUGGAUGACAUGGAGAGAGUAGAGAAAUAUGUGAUGAUUGCCAUAUGGUGCAUUCAGGGGGAUCCAUUAGUGAGGCCAACAAUGAAGAAAGUGGUACAGAUGAUGGAAGGAUCUGUUGAAGUCUCAGUUCCUCCGGUGCCAUCCUCGUUUACUAGUUCAAUAUCUAAUUAAAUACUCUUUGUUUGAUUGUCAGUGCUAUCAGUAAGUUGAGUAAGAUCAAGGAAUGGUCCUCAUGAAUGUAUAAUAUAUAUAUAUAUAUAU